AUGUCACAACAUCAAAUUACAUCUGAUUCAAAAACUACUAAGUCUACUCACAAGGUUAGCGCUCCUUCCAUGGACAUUCACGAUGAUGAGAUUUUGGAUGUGGUUCCUCUAUCAGUUAUUCCCUGCGAAGCCCUUGAUUUAAACCAUCCGAUGGAUGCCUCAGCUUCUGCAUACCCCAAUCAAGGUAACAUCUCUAGUAUCCCUUCUGGCUCAACUCAUGCCACUAGUUCUAAGGAAGACAUACACCACAUUGAUCGUGUCAUAAGGAACCUAGUCACUAGAAUCCUUGAUGAAGAACAUUCUGUGAAGGGAGUCUCUACUCCCCUGUCUAAAAUGUACCCCUCUCCUGAGGUUGCACAACAUAGUGAGAAUAAUAACUAUUCCUCCAGUUUUGAGAAGGACAUGGCUGCUGAAGGUUUGUGCUCUCUAGGGCAAACUGUGUCUGGUAAAGGAAAAUUUGUGGCAUCUAAAACUGUCAAUGCUUCCCAUUCUGAGAAGCAUGAUGUUACAAACGAUGUGAUUAACCUAGAGGAUGAUAGGUCUGAUGAGCAAGAGGAUAGAUUACUUCAUCACUUAAAGCCAACUAAAACAACUAAGAAGAUUGUUGGUGUUGGUCCUUUCAAAUCUUGGAGCAAGGUUGAAGUGAAGAAGAGGAAGGUUAGAGAAGUCUCUAAGUCUGAAGAAGAUGUUGAGGAAGAUGUCCCUGACAUCUCUCCUGUGAAGAAGACCACUGUGAGGAAGUCCCCUGUGAAAUUUGUUGUUGUGCAUUUGGAUAAUAUCUCUUUCCAUCUUGAAGGUGGAGUUGCCAAAUGGAAAUUUGUGAUUCAAAGAAGGGUGGUUGUGGAAACGGAGUUAGGAAAGGAUGUUGUUGAAGUCAAAGAGGUCAUGGACCUAAUAAAGACUGUUGGGUUGAUGAAGACUGUGGCUGGAUUCUCUCAGUGCUAUGAGGGUUUGGUUAAGGAAUUCAUUGUCAACAUUCCUGAGGAUAUUGCUGAUAAGAACAGUAAGGAAUUUUGCAAAGUAUUUGUGAGAGGUAAGUGUAUCACAUUCUCUCCCACUGUCAUUAACAAUUUUCUGGGAAGAAGAGUUGAGGGUGCAGGUGAAUUGGAAGCUACAGACAAUGAGGUCUGUAGAGAAAUUACAGCAAGGCAUGUGAAAGGGUGGCUUAUUAAAAAGCAUCUUCCUGAUGGGAAGUUAACUGUCAAACAUGUCGAAGACAUUGUCAUGACAUCUGCUAUGAAAAAGCCAACCUCAAAAGUUAGAACUAUUGUUGAGUUGUAG